UUCAUCAAACCAGUUCUGGAAAAAGAUGGCAAAGACGUGAAAGCGACGUCACUCAGUAACAAUACUGUUAGCAGAAGAAUAGACGAGAUGAUUGAAGAUAUGAAUAUACACCUUGUUGAAAAGCUGAAAACAAAAACAUUCUCAGUGCAAAUGGAUGAAUCAACUUUGAGAGUCAAUGAGGCGGUAUUG